AUGGUGAAGGAGUUGAGUGUACCUCCACCAGGUGUUGAAGAUCUUCACUUUGAAACACAAUAUGCUCAAUCUAUGUGGGGACAAUUCACAUCAUGUCUGUGGAAAAUGUGGCGAAGUUAUUGGCAAAAUCCCGAUUAUAACCUUGUCCGUUUCUUCUUCACUUUGCUUUGUGCACUCAUGGUUGGAACCGUAUUCUGGAAAGUCGGCAGCAAAAAGUCGAGCAGCAAUGAUCUCAGCACAACCAUUGGAGCGAUGUAUUCUGCUGUAUUUUUUAUUGGUGUAAGCAAUUGCCAAACGGUGCAGCCGGUUAUUGCCACGGAAAGAAUAGUUUUUUAUCGUGAAAGAGCUGCUGGGAUGUACUCUUCGUUACCAUACGCCAUGGCACAAGUGUUUGUGGAGAUACCAUAUGUAUUCCUUCAAACAACAUAUUACACUCUCAUAGUGUACGCCAUGGUCUCAUUCGAAUGGACAGCACCCAAAUUCUUCUGGUUUUUUUUCAUCAACUUCUUUUCGUUCCUUUACUUCACAUACUAUGGAAUGAUGACUGUUUCCAUCACGCCAAACGAGCAAAUAGCAGCCAUAUUCGCUGCUGGUUUCUACCUACUUUUUAAUAUCUUUUCAGGGUUUUAUAUCCCACAACCCAAAAUUCCUAGAUGGUGGGUAUGGUACUACUGGAUUUGCCCCAUGGCGUGGACUGUGUAUGGCUGCAUUGUUUCCCAGUAUCAUGAUGCGGAUAACACGAUUAAGGUGCCUGGCAUGGGAAUUGACCCGGCCCUCACAUGGUAUAUCAAGGACUACUAUGGUUUUGAAUUGGAUUUUAUGGGUCCUGUUGCUGCAGUUUUAAUUGGUUUUUGUGUGUUCUUCGCGUUCCUAUAUGCCACCUUCCUCAGGACUUUGAACUUCCAAAUGAGAUAG